AUGAAGUCUGUCAAGUUAACGCAGUAUCUGUACACAGCGUCUCUGUUCUUUCUCAUAUUUCUAACAGCUGUUUGCGUUGCCAUCUCUGCUGCUGAUGUUGUUAUUCAAGCUCUCACAGACAAGACAAAUACUGGCCAGUUUGAUUAUCGAAAUCUGAUUGUCGUUGGAGGCAGUUACCUGCUCUUGGCAUUGGCUUCAUUGCUAUUCUCAUGUAGUAGAAUGCUGACAGUAAGAGGAUCCCUUCAAGAUAUCCCAAAGCUGUAUAUUCCCAUCAAAAAGGAAGACUUGCCCACUAAAGUAUUUCACAAGAUUCGCCACGAAUUCGAGCAAGCCAAGCAGACUCGUAAACUCGCUGGGCCAAGAUCAGAAGAUAUUCAAGCUGUGGGUUGGGCCAAGCCAGGUACUCCUUUAUUUGAAGGUUUAGACUUCAAACAAGCCAUUGCUAGAACACCUGCGAUUGUUGAAAAGAUUGCAUUGAGCAUCAACCCCGACUAUUUCAGGCCUCUCUAUGUUCCAGUUCGACAAUACAUUGAGUUUUUGAUACAACAAGGACUGAUCGACAAACAAUUGGGAUCAUUCUAUCUGAGAGGAUACGAGAUUGCAAGAUUCAGUCAGGAGCCGUUGAGUCAGGAUCAGUACAUGGAAGUGAUGAAGCAUCUUGCCGCCAUUUUACAAAACAUGGGCUACAAUAUCAAGAACAACAGUAAUGUAGCAGCAAGAAAAUCAAGUCAUCAGACCAGCAACACCAACGACUCUGUGUCUUCGGAUCAUAAGGCCGCUCGGAAAUCAAGCUAUCGACGCCGAUUAUCAAGCCAUAAAUCAAUAGAUUCCAUCUCUGUUACCCAGUCCAUGCACACGUGGAAUUCACGUUCCACACACACCACGAAUAGUAAGAAACAUGCCAUGAUUCACAACAACAACAGCAGUAGAGAAUCUGCGGAUGAAUUGGAUGAUGAGGAUGAGGAUGAUUAUUCAGCUUAUGAUGAGGAUGAAGUGCGAAAUGACAUUUAUGAAUUGCUGAUGAAAGACAGAGCUUCACAACACCAAAUCUAA